ACCCUAACAUUUGAAAGAUCAAAGUGACAAGAAUGGAGUAGUGGAGUGUGAUCCAAUACAAUUUCCUUAAUCUAACAGUUCUGACAUUGUUUCCGGUUAACCAGGGACCAACAAACUACAGAACAUGCUCCUAGGAGUUGUUAUUAUGUCUUAUUCUUCCCUUUCAUCUCUCCUCAUCAAAUUCACACUUACUGGGUCCAUGCCCUUUCCCUAUGACCCCUCUCUCACUACCCCCUUCAGCUUCAUCAUCCCAAGGACAACCAUGCUGAAAAUCUUGUGAUUUCACCUUCAUCCAAUCACUCCCAUUCCUAAUCUUUUCACUUUCUCUCCUUUCGUUCUUCCAAGUACCCCACUUUUCCAAGUGUUGCCCACCACCAAUAUAGCUAUAUUUUUUGCCCUUUCAAUUUCUUCAACUCAUCAACUCCAAUUUCUCAAACCUAAGGCCUCUGAGCUCCCCCUGCUAUUUUGUUCCCAGCAUUGAGAUCCUUCGGGUAGUUUAUCCCCUUCAUGAGUUCAGCAUCUUAUCUUAUCUAUGUGCUUCAUUGCCCCCUUUGUCCUUCGUUUUUUUAUCUAUUUAUCCAAUUUUAUUUCUUUUUUUUUGUUUUCCUUUUUCCACUUUCGAUGUGAACAGAUUUUGUCAAUUUAGGCCAAUAUAUUGUGUUUCUUUACCUGUCAUGAAAUGAAGUGUCUCCUAGUAAUGAAUCACGAGUGGUAACCAGAAGACGAAGUUAUUGAUUUAAUUUAUUCCUUCGGGUUAUUGAGCAGCUGAAUGAUUAUUAUAGAAACCCUAGGUGAUGCUAAAUCAUUACAAGCUGAUGCGAAUUUAUUUUUGUGUCGUAGUUAUUAUUGUUGUUGUUAUGAAAUUCAAAGUCCAUUUUUUGUUUGCUAAGUUUAUGUGGUCCUGGAUCAUGUAUAAUCUAAGUUGUAUAUAGCUAAGCUAGGGAUCUUUCACAUUUGACUGCGAUAAUGCAUAGUAUGCUGUGUUGUUGACGUGCUCAUCUACACCAAUUCUCUCCUACCACCAGGAUAUAGAUUUAAUCAAUAACAGGUGGAGAAUAUCUUGUGAAAUCUCUUUCUUUUUUUCCAAGUUAGCAAAGAUAUCCUAUAAUCCAGUGCUUCCGAAUGAAAAAUAGAGAAUUGUUACUUUUGGAAAGGUCAAAUAGGAUGGAAAACGGGAAUCUAAUUUAUCAGGCAGGUUUGCUUGAAAUUGAGCAAUUUUGAAUUUGGAACUGAAAUUAGAUAUAAUACAUUCACUGUUCAGUGGGGAGGCACUUAAUUCAAACACAUAUGUUUAAGCAAGAACACAAUUAACAUGCACUACUUGCACUUUUGAUCUUCUUACUAUAGGCUUCUUAUCAAUGAUUCUUCUCUUGAUGUUGCUCUCUUCCUAUAGUCUUCUUUAUUCUUUACUGAACGAGGAAAUAGACUGUGGAUUGCGUGUUUUGUUUGACUAUUGUAAUUUUGGUUCCAUAGUUUGUAGUACUGCUGAAAGUUAUUGUUGAUUAUCCUAGAGCAAGAUGAAGUUUGCUUGCUACGUGGACAGAUGUUAUGGUUAUCAUAAUGGUUCGUGGAAGAGAUGCCUGUUGGGAACACUGUGUCCUGGUUGAUGCAACUAAACAAAAGGUCAGAUGUAAUUAUUGUCAAAGGGAAUUCAGUGGAGGUGUAUACAGGAUGAAAUUUCACUUGGCUCAAAUUAAAAACAAAGAUAUUGUUCCAUGCACCGAAGUUCCAACUGAUGUACGAGACCAUAUUCAAAGUAUAUUAAGUACACCCAAGAAACCAAAAACUCCCAAGAAACAUAAGGGAGAUCAAGCUGCUAUUUCAAAUGGUCAACAGAAUAGCUCGUCUGCUAGUGGUGGAUUGCACCAUAGCCAUGGGUAUAGUGGACAGAAUGGUAUUGCUUGUCCAUCUUUAUUAUUUCCACUUCCUUCGCCAUGUGCGCAGCCAAUAGUGGAUGAUGGAAAAAAGCAAAAGCAGGAUGAUGCUGAUAGAAAACUUGCCAUAUUUUUCUUCCAGAAUUCUAUUCCUUUUAGUGCUGCUAAAUCAAUGUAUUAUCAGGAUAUGGUGGACGCCAUAGCUCAGUGUGGGUUAGGCUAUAAAGCACCAACUUAUGAGAAAUUAAGGUCUACUCUUUUGGAAAAAGUGAAAGCUGAUAUUCACAAUGAUUAUAAAAAAUACAGGGAUGGGUGGAAAGAAACAGGAUGCACAAUCUUAUGUGAUAACUGGUCUGAUGGUAGGCUCGGAUCACUUGCUGUGUUUUCUGUUGCAUGCCCAAAAGGAACAUUGUUCUUGAAGUCGGUUGAUGUUUCAGGUCAUGAAGAUGACAGUACUUACUUGUUUGAGCUUUUGGAGUCAGUUGUGCUGGAAGUUGGUUUAGAAAAUGUUGUUCAGGUUAUGACAGAUGCCAGUGCUGGUUAUGUUUGUGCUGGAAGGCUUCUCACAGCGAGGUAUAGUUUUUUGUUUUGGUCUCCUUGUGUUGCUUAUUGUAUCGAUAAGAUGUUAGAGGAUGUUGGUAGACAAGAUUGGGUUAGCACAGUCCUGGAAGAUGCAAAGACAAUCACAAAGUACAUUUAUAGUCAUGCAUGGAUUCUGAAUAUAAUGAGAAAGUUUACAGGUGGAAAGGAAUUAAUCAGACCAAAAAUUACUAGAUUUGUCACUGAUUUCCUUUCCUUGAGAUCUAUAGUGAUGCAGGAGGAUAAUUUGAAGCACAUGUUUUCUCAUUCAGAAUGGUUGUCUUCCAUGUAUAGCAGACGUUCAGAUGCACAAGCCAUUAAGUCAUUGCUAUAUUCGGAUAGAUUUUGGAAGUAUGCGCAUGAAGCUGUGAGUGUUUCUGAGCCACUGGUUAAACUCCUAAGGAUGGUUGAUGGGGACAUGCCUGCUAUGGGUUAUAUAUAUGAAGCAAUAGAAAGUGCAAAAGUUGUGAUCAAGGCCUAUUAUAAGGGAAUCGAAGAGAAAUACCUCCCAAUCUGGGAAAUUAUUGAUCGAAGAUGGAACAUGCAACUUCAUUCAUCAUUACAUGCUGCAGCUGCAUUUCUUAAUCCUUCAAUUUCUUACAAUCCAAACUUGAAGAAAGAUUUGAGGAUGAGGAAUGGGUUUCAAGAAGCCAUGCUGAGGUUGGCAACUACAGAUAAAGAUAAAAUGGAAAUUACCAAAGAACUUCCUACUUACAUCAACGCCCAGGGUGCACUUGGGACUGACUUUGCAAUCUUGGGAAGAACACUGAAUGCUCCUGGGGACUGGUGGACUAGUUAUGGUUAUGAAAUUCCCACGCUUCAGAAAGCUGCAAUGAGGAUACUUAGCCAACCUUGUAGUUCCCUUUGGUACAGGUGGAACUGGAGUACUUUCCAAAACGUACAUAACAAAAAACAGAACAGAGUGAAGCUGGAAAAGUUCAGUGAUUUGGUUUUUGUGCAUUGCAAUCUUUGGUUAAAAACCAUUUUCCAACGUAGGGAAGCAAAAUGUGGGCCAAUUGUCUUUGAUGAAAUAGAUUGUAGCUGUGAAUGGCCCUCUGAGAUAGAAUGUUUGCCCCCACUUAUGGAUGAUUCGUGGUUGGAGGAUCUUCCCCUUCAAUGCAGAGGAAGUCCUUAGCACUGUGAGGUAACGACAAAUUUAAGCUAAUCGUGUGGUAUAAUUCUGUACAUUUGGAUAAUUGUUGAAAUCUGUGUAUAGAAAUGUACAGCCAGUGAUUAAAUUGAUUAAGGAUGGACACGAUCCCUUUACCUUUACUUUCUUUCUAUGAUGUAACUUUCAAAGCAGUUUAUUUCUGAUCCGGCUUUUACUUACCAAGUAUGAAGCGAAUUUCUUUUGGUGCGGUUGGUAAAA